AGUAUUACGUUCCGUUCAACGCAAUAGAAACAAAAAUCAAAAAGUUCCACAUAAGCGGUAUCCGACUGACAACACUGCCGAAUACGUGGCCCCGAAGUUCUGUGAUUAGUGGGACUUGUUUAUAUUUUUUAUUGUGUAAAUUCUAUAGAAAUCUCCUCGGAAGCCGAUAUUCGGCACCCAAGUACAAUGAUGAAUCCACAAUAUCCACCGCCUGGACAGAACAACAAUGCUCCCAACAACCCCAUGUUUCCACCAACUUCCCAAGACUACAACGGAGUCCAGAAUGCAAACAUCUACAGCCAGAUGCCACCAAAUGGACCCCAGAUGCAACAGAAGGCAUUUGACCCAUUGGACAUGUCGCAGAAGAUGCAGAAUAUGAACUUAAAUGGACCUCAAGGGUUCCAGUCCAUCCCACCUACCCAGUUACCCCCAGGCCAGGCUCCACCAGGCCAGUUUCCCCCUAGUGGCUUCCCACCAUCAUCUAACUAUGGUCCAGGACAGCUUCCUCCUAGCCAAGCACCUCCUGGAAUGCCUGGUAGACCUCCAGUGAGUGGAGCCCCACAGUUUCCUCCAAUGGGCCAGAAACCACAGAUGCCACCAUCCCCAGCUCCUGGUCAGGUGCCAACAUCCCUUCCUCCUAGUUAUGGCAUGCCACCUCAAAGUCAAACACCUGACAGGCAGUUCCAGCCUCCUACUUCCAUGCAGCAGAGGCCACCUAGUGCACAACCUAGUCAACCACCUAUGGGACAACAACCUGGCUUGCAGGGUCCUGGUGCCAUGCCUCCUCAUUCUCAGCCUGGACUCCCUCCUCAUUCCCAGCCUGGUCUUCCGCCUCACUCCCAGCCCGGUCUCCCGCCUCAGCCUGGUAUGGGUAGACCAGGAAUGCCCCCACAAGGAGGAAUGCCUCCACAAGGUGGAAUGCCCCCACAAGGACAGCCACCUAAACCGGGAAUGCCUGCACAGCCUCAAAUGGGCGGUAUGCAGUCAGGUCCCCCAGGAAUGCCUCCUCAGAUGAACAUGGGUCAACAGCAACAACCUGGUAUGCCACCACAACCGAAACCACCUGGAUUACCUGGACAGAUGCAAAGACAGCCUGGCAUGCCUCCGCAGCCGGCCAUGAUGUCGGCACAAAUGCCACAGCCUGGCCAGCAACAGCAACCAGGUCUUAAUCAACAGCAACCAGGCAAAAUGCCUGGGCCUCCGCAACCGGGGCUACCACCAGGACAACAGCUGCCCCCACAACCAGGACAGAUGCAAGGUCAACAACCUGGGAUGCCUCCACAGCCGGGUCAGAUGAGUCAGCCUGGUAUGCCACCCCAACCUGGCCCAAUGAGCCAACCUGGAAUGCCUCCACAACCCGGUCAGAUAGGUCAACCAGGAAUGCCACCUCAACCUGGACAGAUGAGCCAACCUGGAAUGCCCCCGCAGCCUGGACAGUUGAGUCAGCCAAGAAUGCCACCACAGCCGGGCAUGCCACCCCAACCAGGCCAGAUGCCACAGCAACCGGGUAUGCCUCCACAACCCGGUCAAAUGCCGCCCAUGCCCGGACAACCUGGUAUGCCUCCUCAGCCUGGGCAGAUGCCUGGCCAGCCAGGGCUACCUCAACAGCCCGGUUUCCAGGGUCAGUUCCAAGGACAGGCUCAGCCAAUGGGUGGUAUGCCCCAUAUGCCACCACCAUUAUCCCAGCAGCGACAAUACCCUGCUCAACCUGGAUUUGGGCAGCCGGGGCAGCAACCUGGUACUCAGUAUCCAAGCAUGCCGAACCAGUUACCGCCCCAGCCGCCGAUGCCAGGACAGCAACAGCGUGGUUUCCAGCAACCCUCGUCUGGCUACCCCCCACAGUAUCCUGGCCAGCAGCAAUACCCUGGCCAGCAGCCGUACCCUGGGCAACAGUACCAGCAACAGCCUGAGCAGAAGCGAUUGGACCCCGACCAGAUGCCAAGUCCUAUCCAGGUGAUGGCAGACGACCAGCAGAACCGCGGCGGUAUCUUCGUGACCAACGAGAAGGGGCUCGUCCCCCCCCUAGCCACCACCGACUUCGUUGUAGACGAUAAAGGAAAUGCCAGUCCUCGCUACAUCAGGAGCUCGAUGUACACGGUGCCGGUCACUGCAGACCUGCUCAAACAGACAUCCAUGCCGUUCUGCUUAGUUCUGUCUCCGAUGGCAGAGACAGUGGGGUCUGAGCAGGAGCCCCCGCUGCUGGACUUCGCGGCGCUGACCGGGUCCCCCAGCAUGGGCCCGGUGCGCUGCAGCCGCUGCAAGGCCUACAUGUGCCCCAACAUGAAGUUCGUGGACGCCGGCAGACACUUCAAGUGUGCCUUCUGUAAGGCCACUACUGAAGUGCCGAUGGAGUACACGCAGUACAUCAACAGCAUGCAGCAGUACGGCCGGGUGCCGGCGGAGAUGGCGCUGGGCGCGUACGAGAUCGUCGCCACCAAGGAGUAUUGCAGGAACAACACGCUCCCCAACCCGCCCGCGAUAGUGUUCGUGAUCGACGUGUCGUACAACGCCAUCAAGAACGGCCUCGUGCACACCGUCUGCGAGAACAUCAUGGAUAUUAUCGAUGCGAUGCCGCGCGACGAGCAGACCGGCAAGAGCUGGACCCGCGUCGGGUUCAUCACAUACAGCUCAACUGUACACUUCUACAAUAUCAAGGGUAGUCUAGCGCAGCCGCAGAUGCUGUCAGUGGGCGACGUGGGCGACAUGUUCGUGCCUCUACUGGAGGGGUUCCUGCAGCGGCCCGAGGACUGCGCCCCCGUCCUGCAGGCGCUGCUGCAGCAGCUGCCCAACAUGUUCCAGGACAAUAAGGAGACUGAGACCAUACUGCUGCCGGCUGUACAGGCGGGUCUAGAAGCCCUGAAAGCAGCAGAUACUUCAGGCCAACUGCUGGUAUUCCAUACAUCCCUGCCUACGUACAACGCGCCCGGGAAGCUCGCCAACAGGGAGGACCGCAAGCUGCUCGGCACUGACAAGGAGAAGCAGAUACUCAAUCCUCAGACGACAGCGUACAACGAGCUGGGCCAGUCAUGCUGUGCAGCGGGAGUGAGUGUAGAGUUGUUCCUGUGCAACAACUCGUACGUGGACGCGGCCACGCUGGGACAACUGCCGCGUCUCACCGGGGGACAACUGCACAAGUACACGUACUUCACUGCGGAGAUGGACGGUCCCCGGCUGGUAUGGGACGUGCAGCGCGUGGUAUCACGGCCCACGGCGCACGACGCCGUCAUGCGCGUGCGCACCUCCACCGGCGUGCGCCCCACCGACUUCUACGGACACUUCUUCAUGUCCAACACCACCGAUGUCGAACUCGCUGCCAUCGACUCGGACAAGGGCAUAGGUAUAGAAAUAAAGCACGAUGACAAGUUGACGGCGGAGGACGGAGUCUACAUCCAGGCGGCGCUGCUGUACACGGCGCGGAGCGGGCAGAGGAGGCUGCGGGUCCUGAACCUGGCCCUCAACGUGGCGCACCAGCUCGCAGACGUCUACCGCAGCAUGGAGCUCGACACCGCCAUCAACUUCCUCACCAAGCAGGCGGUAUGGGCGCUCCGCGAGCACCCCCCGCGGCAGGUCCGCGAGUCUCUAUCAGUGCGGUGCGCGCGGUCGCUGGCGGCGUACCGGCGGCACUGCGCGUCGCCGUCCUCCGCGGGACAGCUCGUGCUGCCCGAGCCCAUGAAGCUGCUGCCGCUCUACUGCAACUGCGUGCUGCGCGGGGACGCAGUGGCCGGCGGUCCGGACCUCACCUGCGACGACCGCGCCGCCGCCAUGCACCGCGCACUGUGCGCCGACGUGGCCGCGUCCGUCGUGUACACGUACCCGCGCCUGCUGCCGCUGCACCGCCUGCAGGACCUGCAGGACAUGCACGAACAACGGGACCAGCCCGCGCCCGUACUGCAGCCGCUCCGGGCUUCCGUUGAUAAAAUGAAUGACCACGGCGUUUACUUACUCGAGAACGGCGUGCACAUGCUCCUGUGGGUGGGGUCCCAGGCCAACCCCGAGUUCGUGCGCGACGUGUUCGGGGUCCCCUCCCCCCAGCAGGUGGACACGCAGGUCUGCGAGCUGCCCGUGCUGGACACGCGCGCCAACAAGAUGGUCAGGGAACUCAUCGAGGACACGCGCAUCAAGCGACGCACUGCUAUGAGGCUGACGAUAGUGCACCAGUUGUCUGCGCCGCCACUGGCGCGAAGUCUGCUGGUGGAGGACCGAGGCCUGGACGGCUCCGACGGCUACAUGGAGUACCUCAUGUCCGUGCACAAAGCUGUGCAGAAAAUGCUCUAACAACAAUGCGACAACACGACAAGUUGGAGGCGGUGUUACGUCACUUCCUAGUCGAGGAUCGCGGCGUGGACGGAAGCUCCUCGUACGUGGACUACCUGUGCCACAUCCACAAGGAGAUCAGAGCGUUACUAUAGCAUUUGUAUGGACACUACUAGACCGUGGGCACACUUCUACAUGGACUCUCAUUUUGUACCGAACUUCAACUAGUGUUUCUGCUAUGUUUAGUGCUCUUUUGGCGGCGCUGGUGUAGCUUAAAGUCUUCUACGACAUACAUGUUGACUUUUAGCUACAUCAGGUGCCUUAGUGGCGUUAAAAAUAUAAUUCAAAAAGUGUAUUAUAAAUAAAAUUGUUGCUAAUACUAAACUUGUUUGUUGAUUGUAAUAGAUCUUUGACGGCCUUGUUGGUCAAAGUAAUAUUGGGGUUUUUGGAUUUGGAAAUUGUCAGUGAAUAGUAUGAGAUUAUAACAUAACUUAACUGGCGUAAAGUGUACCAAGUGCGCUACUGCUUAUCCUUUAAAGGCGUUAUGUUAAAAAAGUACUUAGUAAUAAAAAAAUCAAGUGAAGUAGCCUAUUUCUAUCUCUUUCGCACGUGUAGUUUUAAAUUGGAGUAAGAGAGAAAGAAUAUAAUUAUUAUAAAUCUCACUGGCUGGUUUUAGAGUCUCUUGAAAAUGUAUGAAAUGUAUUUAAUAUUAGAGAUUGGCAUGAUUUAUUUAUCAAGAGACUUGUAAAACUUAUCUUCAGUAAUAAAUUAGCAAUGUUAAAAAUUAUUAAUUGAUUUAUUUAAUACAGUCGUUUUGGGUUAUAAAAUUGGACCUAAAGGUAGGCGUCUACAGGCACGCAUCGGACGCAUCAUACGCAACGGAUUUUAGUUUGUCUUGUAUAGAAACUCAUACAACUGCGUCCACUGAUCCGCAUCGUACGGACGGACGCAGUCAAUCCGUUUGAAGCGAUACGUCCGAUGCGUGCGAUGCGUACGAUGCGGACCUGUAGACGCUUACCAUAAGGACGACAUUAUAUAAAUAUUUUGGCUACUCCCAUAGAACCAAGAUCACGCACACCAUAAGAAGGGUGUCGCAGGUUUGAUUCCCGACCUGUGUCAUUGUUAUUUUAAAACUUACUUAUGUGUAUGUGAACUGAGGGAUCAAGCUCGGUAUUCGCGAAAUUAAGGUCCUAGGUCCUUAGUAGUAGUCUAAAAACAAUUGUAGAAAGAAUCUAGGACUUUGUAUAUAAAUAUAUUAAAAACUACGACCCAUAAUAUGUGGUAUCUCAGUUCUCACUCGCGAUCAGAUCGAUCUUAGAAAGUAUCCUUCAAAAAAGGAUCGUAUUAUGUCGUUUUUAUGGUUUAAUUUUGCCCAAAACGACUGUAUCGUUAAAUUAUAGCAAUAUCUAUGUAUGUAAAUAAAUUCUCGUAUGUAUGUUUGUAUGUGAAGUAAGUAAACAUGUUUAAGUACCCACAUUCCUCCCUUGUAGUUAUCAAAUAAAUAUUUUCGUUUUAAAUUUCAUGUUUUUCAAAAAAUCUACUAAAAUAUGAGAUUUUCUACCAAAAUCAGGGUUGCCAGUUAAAAAAAUAAAUGUUAAAUGUGGGUUUUUGGGUGAUGGUCCAAUUUAGGCUUCCAGAAUAUCUGUAUUUACUCUUACGAUGAGUCGGCGUGGUAAUAACGGUCUUAAAUCUAAGGCAAUAAGGUUGCUUUUACAAAAAUUGUUAUUAAUGUCGCCAUAUGAAGUAGUUCUAGGCUCCUUGUGGCUAGAGGACCAUUAACAGCUCUGAAAAAUUUUCUCCUGCAAUAAAGGUCUUUAUGCUAUUGGCUAUACGGUGCAAAUUCGUGUAAAAGCACCGUUUUCGAGUUGUCAUGUUUGUCCUAUUUGACUAUUGACGUCCAAUAAUAGCAUUUAUUAAUAGUAAAUAUUAUUAUCCUGACAUACUUAAAUAGGGUAGGCAGAAGUGUACUUGUAUGCUUAGAAAAUUAGGUGUUACUUGUAAUAAGAAUAAAUAAAUCUAUAGUGUUAUGAAAUUAUACCUGAAUUUUGAUUGUGUAUUUGUAAAAUGUACACGUUUGCCUACUCUUGUACAUGUAAUAUAAAGGUACAUUGAAAGGGUUUUCGUUUUGUUCUCAAUAGAUGGCGUUGGUGAUGUUUAAAGUAGUGUAGGUGUUUUAAGUUAAGCGACCAAUGGAUUACUUAGCUAUUACUGGAUAGUGGUUCUUAAGGCCAGAGGGCUUAGUACGAGUUUGUUUUACGUUUAAUGAAAUUAAAAAUAAGAGAGCGCGUUUAUUCCGUCUGAUUGGUUGGUUCAUUCGAGCCGGCCAAUCAGAGUGCAGAACGCACUCUCGUUUCAUUUUAGUAACUGUACUGAACUAAGGGUCCAGCAGUUAACUCAUCAUUGAUCUAUUAUAGUCUUUCCGUCUUCUACUCUUUCUUUUUCUCACACUCCUCGUUUCCACAUCUUCAGAAAGCUUAGUAAGAGUUCGUUAUACAUUUAACGUGAACGUUAAUGACGUUCAGCGCUCUGAUUGGCCAGCUCCGAUUAACCAACCAAUCAGAGGGCUAAACGCGUUAACGUCUAACGUUAUGUUUGGAUCCUUUCGUGGUUUGUAUCUAAUGUAAACCCUGGCUUACAGGAGUUACAGUGAUUUAAAAAUGACCAAUGGCACAUAGUCUGUACGUAUCAAAGGACUUUAUAUCACACCAGCUCCCUCUAUAAGUGAAUUUAAAAACGAAAACCUCUUACUAUGGUUAUUAAAAAGGGUUGUUACUGUACUCUGAAAAGUCCUAGAGGUCAGUGACCUCUUGGAAAGGAAUGUACGUUAAAACUUAAUAAGACUUAACUUUGUACAGUCAAUACAAUGUUAUUUCGUUAACUUUUCAUGUACAGGGCGAUUUGUUACAAGAAGAAACUAAAUAUUUGAUUCAUUCUGUUUUAUUUCAACAGUAUUGUUCCAUACAUUUUCAUCUUUGAAGCUAUUUGAAGUAAGAAAAUCACCCUGUAUACAAAGAAAAAAUAAGACUAACUCAUUCAUGAAAGGAGUGUAAAGUCAAAAGAUCACACACUUCCAAAUACUAACUAAAUCACAUCUCUAUUAUAACGGCCAUAAGGUCGAUAUUACAUAAACGCGUUCUUAAGCAGUAACUUUGUCCUACUCACACAACUGUAUUCUUAAUGUGUGAGAAAGAGACAAAACUACUUAGCCUAACACGUGCUAAUUGUUUGACCUUAAGUCAUUCUCAGAUUAUGAAAGUCAAUUUAGAUAUCGUUUUCUACUUAAAAUAGGGAGUUAAUUAUAUUGUCUCGGACUUAAAUAAGUUUAGAAUCGAACCUGAGACGAUCGAGUAAUCUUCCAGUGUAGACUAAUUUUGAGUUCAUUGAUAAUUAUGUUCUACAUUGGCCUACACUUAAAAUUCAAAAAAAUCCAAAAAGCAAAUUUUCAAAAUUACCAUGUAAAAAAUUAAAAAUAUAUUUUCCAAUAGUAUGCUAGCAAUACUAGAAUGUAGCUCAAGUGUUGCUACACGAAAAAAAAUAAAAUUAGUAGAAAUGUAAUUUGGUAUAAAAUAAGUGUUUUUGUUUAAUUGGACAAGUUUGUUUCCUACGAUAUUAAAGCUAGAAAUAUGUUUAUUUGAUUGUAUUUUAUAAUGUAAAUAAAAUAUGGCAUUAUUUAAC